ACCCCAUGAACUUCAAAAGAGCUACAAAUCAAACGCAAUAAUAAUAACAAACCGUUACAACUGCUAUCUGUAGGCCUACAUAUUUUUACAAUUAUCGUGUUAAAUAAAAACUUGAAUGCAAUAAUUUAGUCCAUAUAAAUGCUUCCAUUUCGUUUCCUUAGCGUUUUCUCUUGAAAUGAGCUCUUACGUAGCCAACUCAUUGUUUAAGCAAACUCACGAGGCGUCAGCCUUCGCUUUGCACAACCAUGGAUACGGCUCUAGCUCCGAACUCAACGUGUCCGGCUACUGUGGUUUUGGAGGGCAUGAUCACCGGGGGUCAUUCGCGUCCCCACCGUCCUCAAGCUCCCUUGGCAUGGUAGAGAUGAACUCUGGGCUGCAUGGCAAUCCUGGCGACCUUACACCACGACCAGAGUCUUCCACAGGAGACGCUUCCCAGAGACGCCACAUGAACGAGCAGACAAGCCGCCAGGGCUCUCUAAAUCUCGGACUGUAUUGUCGCAAACCCGAGACGGACUCGGAUUUCAGCGAAAUGCAUAUAUGCAAGACUCAAACAGGCGAGAUCAAAGUCGUAAGUUUGCAACCCGUCCAGCCAGUAAGACAAGGAAACCAUUCUACUCAGCCACAAACCAGCGAACCGCAACCACAAAUAUAUCCCUGGAUGACGAAACUACACAUGGGUCACGAGGCUGACGGUAAAAGGUCAAGGACGAGUUACACGCGCUACCAAACUCUGGAGUUGGAGAAAGAGUUCCAUUUCAACCGGUAUCUGACGCGUCGUAGGCGUAUCGAGAUCGCCCAUACUCUCUGUCUGAACGAGAGGCAGAUCAAAAUCUGGUUCCAGAACCGACGAAUGAAGUGGAAGAAGGACUCAAAGCUUAAAAUGAAAGAGUCAAUCUAAAACAUGGAACCAUUUUCAAACGUUAUCAACGUUCCUUAGAGAUGUCAUUCAAAGACUGUCACCACCACCCAUGUUUCCAAACAGUGACUUUUGUGAUGCGAUGUUUCAGUGUGAUGACAAAUAUUGAACAUUCUUCGAUUAUGGAUCUGAUUAUGUAAUAUACCUGUCAUUUGGUUUGAAUGUUGUGUUGUUUUAUUUUCUAUCUUUGAAUAUGUACUUGUUCAGCAGAGUCUUAUAUAACUUGUGAGAAUAGAAACGCUUGAAAUAUAUUAAUUAGCGAAAAUUGUAACAUUUCACCACUUACCUAUUUUUUUUACCUUGAAGUAUUUUAAAGCUGAACGUUUUAUUGUUAUUAUCGUAUUACUACUGUACUAUCACUAUUGUUUUCUUCGUGAGAGGUGCCUAUUAUUUAUAUUAAAAAAACAACAAGGUAAAUAAAUUCCUUGUAGUUUAUCUUCAAA